CUACCAAUGUAGAGAAUUAAAAACCAACUUAUCCAACACACGCCUUCCUCGUUCCAGCUCCAAAAUUCCUGGGAAUUAUUUCCACCCCUUCCAAUCAAAAUCCAACAGGUUAACACGUUCUUUUUCUUCUUCUUCUUCUUUGUCUAUCUUAAAAUCAACCAAUGUUUUUCUUAAUCUUUUCAUGUCAAUCCAUAUAUCCACUUUCACCCUGAAACAAUUAUUCAAACAAACAUUUUAUAUAUAUACCCACCCCUCCAAUCCCUCUUCCCUCCUCAUUAAUCUCGCAUCUCAUAUCCAAAAUCAGAGUCAUCAUUAUAACUAUGAACACCCAUGAUCCCGAGUCCUCCCACUCCCCCCUCCUUCCUCCACCACCGCCGACUCAUCUCCGUCGCUACCUCCCGAUUCUCCUCUACCUCGCCGCCAUCCUCACCUUCACCAUCCUUCUCAGCCAAACCACCCGACCCUCCUCCCCUCCAGCCCCGCUCCCAAUCUCUCGAGGUCCAACCGCCGGCGUCUCAGAGAAAUCGACUUCCCACCUCCUUACCUCCUCCUCCGCCGCGGCGGCCUACCCAUGGACCAACACCAUGCUUGCCUUCCAACGCACCGCCUUCCAUUUCCAGCCCGAAAAGAACUGGAUGAAUGACCCUAACGGUCCGCUAUUCUACAAAGGUUGGUACCAUCUCUUCUACCAAUACAACCCAGACUCAGCCGUAUGGGGAAAUAUUACCUGGGGACACGCUGUCUCCCACGACCUCAUAAACUGGCUCCACCUACCCCUCGCAAUGAAACCCGACCGUUGGUACGAUAUCAACGGCGUCUGGUCCGGUUCCGCUACCUUCCUCCCCGACGGCCGGCUCAUCAUACUCUACACCGGUUCAACCCACAACUCCACCCAAGUCCAAAACCUCGCCCACCCAGCUGACCCCGACGACCCUCUUUUAAUCCAUUGGGUCAAAUCCGAUUCCCUCAACCCGGUUCUCGUCCCACCGGCCGGCGUUUACUAUAAAGACUUCCGCGACCCGACCACCGCUUGGUUCAACUCCGAAUCGGGCUUAUGGUACUUCGCCAUCGGGUCGAAGAACGAUAACGCUGGUCAUGCCGGCGCGGCGCUCGUUUAUUCAACGCGGGACUUCGUGGAGUACGAGCUGGUGCCCGGUUUGCUGCGAACCGUGGAGGGAACGGGCAUGUGGGAGUGUGUGGAUUUUUAUCCGGUUCAUAUUGACGAGGCAGUCGGGCUCGACACGUCGGUCGGGUCUGGGCCGGCGGUUCGACACGUGCUAAAGGCUAGCCUCGACGAUGAGAAACAUGAUUAUUAUGCGAUCGGACGAUACUUUGGGGUGAACAACUCGUGGGUACCGGAUGACCCAGAGUUUGAUGUGGGCGUCGGGUUGCGGCUUGAUUAUGGGAAAUAUUAUGCGUCCAAGACGUUCUACGAUCAAAAUAAGGGCCGGCGGGUGUUGUGGGGUUGGACCGGUGAGACCGAUAGUGAGCAGGCCGAUUUGCUCAAGGGCUGGGCUUCUAUUCAGACAAUCCCAAGGACGGUGCUGUUCGAUACGAAGACAGGCAAAAACCUUCUGUUAUGGCCAGUGGAAGAGGUGAAUAGCCUCAGAUCCAGCAGCGAUAACUUCACCAACUUACAGCUCGCCGCCGGCUCAGUGAAACCUCUGGAGAUCACCGGCGCCGCCACCCAGUUGGACAUAACGGCCGAAUUUGAGAUUGACAGCUCGUCGUUGGAAGCAGUGAUUGAAGCCGACGUGAGCUACAACUGCAGCACGAGCGGGGGAGCCGCCGGCCGGAGCGCUCUCGGUCCGUUCGGGCUGCUGGUUUUGGCCGACUUUGAGCGAACUGAACAAACCGCCGUUUAUUUCUACGUGCGGAGAGGGACCGACGGCCUUCUCCAGACUCACUUCUGCCAUGACGAGCUCAGGUCUUCGAAGGCCAACGACAUCGUGAAGAGAAUAUACGGUAGCACGGUUCCUGUACUCCAUGGUGAAACUUUGUCUGUCAGAAUACUGGUUGAUCACUCCAUUGUUGAGAGUUUUGCACAAGGAGGGAGAACCUGCAUCACGUCUAGGGUUUAUCCAACAGCGGCGAUCGACGGUGCAGCAAAGCUUUUCCUCUUCAAUAAUGCUACAGGUGCAACUAUCACAGCCAAAUCACUCACCGUAUGGAAGAUGAGACCAGCUGUGAUGCGCUUAUUUCAGUCAGACAUAUAGUCAUAUUAUACGUACAUAUUUUUUCC